AUGUGGUUUCAGCAAGGACUAUGCCUCCUUCCAGUGAUUCUGGUCGUCUCAUCCUCCAGCACAUUCAUUAUUUCCUACGUUAUAGCUGUAACAAGGCAAGAUGUUGACGUUAUUCUCCCUUACAUAAGUGACACAGCAGACAGUCCUCCUGAAAGCUGUUUUUUUGGAUUGAUGACCUUGGUUUCAGCCAUUGCAGGUAUUUGUACCAUAUAUGCCAUGUAUGGGUAUUUGGCAAAGGUGGGUGAAAAGACAGGUAGGGUCAGUCUCUGUUGGAACAAAGCGGCUCUUGGACUUGGCCUCCUCUCCUGUUUCGGCAUGUGUGUUGUUGCAACUUUUCAGGAAUCUGCGGUGCGGAUUGUUCAUCUCGCUGGAGCCCUGCUUUUUUUUCUCUGUGGGACAUUGUACAUCAGUGUUGAGACAUAUUUGUCAUAUUGUUCAUCCCCUUAUGGAGCCUCCCUCUUUACAUGUCACACACGUUUGACUUUGAGCCUCAUUUCUGUAGUGGCAUUUUUUCCCACUGUGAUUUGUAAAUGCUUUGACAAGGAUCCACACCUCCAAAAGAUCAGUGCUGGAUGUGAAUGGAUUGUUGCAUUUAGUUUUGUCUGCUACUUUUUGACGUAUAUUCAUGACUUCAAACGAUUUAACUUGAACGUCCAAAUUGUGUGUGGAACUGGAAACUGA